CACGUGAUGCCUAGUUGCGUCACAGCCGCCGCCCCGCCCGUUGUUGACGUAACGCGCUGCGUGUCCGCCGGAAACAACGAGACCGGGAGAGGGAGAGAGCGGCUGGUGAGACCGGGGACCGGGGAGACGGCAAACAGAGACACCGGGGGGGAGAGAGACUGUCACACAGAGACUGAGAGAGAGAGACUGUCACACAGAGAGACUGUCACACACAGAGACUGAGAGAGAGAGACUGUCACACAGAGAGACUGUCACUGUCACACACAGAGAGAGACUGUCACACAGAGACAGAAAGACAGAGACUGUCACACAGAGAGACUGUCACACACAGAGACUGAGAGAGAGAGACUGUCACACACAGAGACUGAGAGAGACAGAGACUGUCACACACAGAGACUGUCACACACAGAGACUGUCACACACAGAGACUGUCACACACAGAGAGAGAGACUGUCACACACAGAGACUGUCACACACAGAGAGAGAGACUGUCACACACACACACAGAGAGAGAGACUGUCACACACAGAGACUGUCACACACAGAGACUGUCACACACAGAGACUGUCACACAGAGAGACUGUCACACACAGAGAGAGACUGUCACACAGAGAGACUGUCACACAGAGAGACUGUCACACAGAGAGACUGUCACACACAGAGACUGUCACACACAGAGAGAGAGAGACUGUCACACACAGAGAGAGAGAGACUGUCACACACAGAGACUGUCACACACAGAGAGAGAGAGAGAGACUGUCACACACAGAGACUGUCACACACAGAGAGAGAGACUGUCACACACAGAGACUGUCACACUUAGAGACUGUCACACAGAGAGAGAGAGACUGUCACACAGAGAGAGAGAGAGACGGUCACACACACAGACUGUCACACACAGACUGUCACACACACAGACUGUCACACACACAGACUGUCACACACACAGACUGUCACACACACAGAGAGAGACUGUCACACAGAAUGUCACACAGACUGGGGGUGUCACACAGAGGAACUGUCACACAGAGGCUGUCACAUAGACUGGGGGUGUCACAUAGACUGGGGGUGUCACACAGACUGGGGGUGUCACACAGAGAGAGACUGUCACACAGGCUGGGGGUGUCAGAGAGACUGUCACACAGGCUGGGGGUGUCAGAGAGACUGUCACACAGGCUGGGGGUGUCAGAGAGACUGUCACACAGGCUGGGGGUGUCACACAGGCUGUCGCACAGACUGGAGAGACUGUCGCACAGAGAGAGAGAGAGAGGCUGUCGCACAGAGAGAGAGAGAGACUGUCACACAGGCUGGGGGUGUCACACAGGCUGGGGGUGUCACACAGGCUGGGGGUGUCGCACAGACUGGAGAGACUGUCGCACAGGGAGAGAGAGAGAGAGAGAGAGACUGUCGCACAGAGAGAGAGAGAGACUGUCGCACAGAGACUGUCACACAGACUGGGGGUGUCGCACAGAGACUGACACACAGACUGGGGGUGUCACACAGAGAGAGAGACUGUCACACAGAGAGAGAGAGAGAGAGAGAGAGACUGUCACACAGAGAGACUGUCACAGACUGGGGGUGUCACGCAGAGAGACUGUCACACAGACUGGGGGUGUCACGCAGAGAGACUGUCACACAGACUGGGGGUGUCACGCAGAGAGACUGUCGCACAGACUGUGGGUGUCACGCAGAGAGGCUGUCGCACAGACUGUGGGUGUCACGCAGAGAGGCUGUCGCACAGACUGUGGGUGUCACGCAGAGAGGCUGUCGCACAGACUGUGGGUGUCACGCAGAGAGGCUGUCGCACAGACUGUGGGUGUCACGCAGAGAGGCUGUCGCACAGACUGUGGGUGUCACGCAGAGAGGCUGUCGCACAGACUGUGGGUGUCACACGGAGAGACUCACAGACUGAGGGUGUCACUGUAAAUGUCACACAGACUGUCACUUAGAUUCAGAGGGUGUCAUUUUUGAGACAGUUACACAUGAGACUGAGGAUGUCACAUAGACUGGGGGUGUCUCCCAGAGACUGUCCUAUAGAUACUGGGGUUGCCACAUGGAGACUCGGUGUCACUCAGAGAUUGUCUCUUUCAGUCUGAUGUGUCACUUUGACUUUCACAUAGAGACUGGUGGUGUCACCCAGAGACUUUUAGAGAUUGAGGGUGUCACAUGUAGACUGAGCAAUUCACAGAGACUGCGGGUGUCAUUGAGGACUGAUAUUGUGUUGACACAUUGUAAUCUGAAGCAUCACAUCUAAUCCUGAGAUUUGAAUUCUAAUAGGAGAGUGUGCCAAGAGAUGAUGUGACAGAUUUACAUGGAUCACAUAAAACAUUUUACUAUAACAGGUUACUGUGGGUGGUGGCAGCCUGGAGUUUGAGGGCAGGGUAUAUAACUGUGCUCUUUAAUGGGGUAUCUAUUCUCAUUAAGAUUAAGUGGUCUGUGUGACUACAGUGUUUCUUUAAAAAUCCCUGGUAACAGGCAUAAUAUUUACAGUCUUUCCUCCAUUGCAUAAUUGCUUAGUGGCAUAAAAUAUGGGCAGCUAACUGUGCAGCCUAUCCUAUGCCACAUGUUGGUGUCUGGGUAGUUUCACAGUCCUAUAUGGUCAGACACUGUAUUUGUGCCUAGUUGAGGUGACAGAAUUUGUUUGUUUUAUUAUUGUGAGUACAUUUUUAUACAACAGGUUCAGAUCCACAGAUUUUUUGGAGGGGGUUGAAUGAUGCUAACUUCUGCAUUGCAGUGAUGUUACAUUUGUUUCUGAUCUUUUUCUGUUCCUUAAUUUUAUGUUAUCAUACAAAUAAAUCAAUACAUUCGCUCAUUGUGGAAUUUAUGGUCACUUUGUAAAUGUAAUGUGUAUUUUGAUAAUCCCAGUGCAGCUCUGGUUGAAGAUUAUAUGGGCUGCAUAUUUGUUUUUAUCACUGCUUGUGGAUUUAGGUUACUUGAAAAUACUGCUGAUUCUUUGUGGUGGAGCUACAAGCCUCAUGAUUCUUAAUUCUUUAAAAAGGGAUUGCUGGCUUGGCUUAUUAAGAUUUGUGUUAUAGACUUCAAUAUUGUCUGCUACUAAUCCUAUGCGAGUUAAUUCAGUUGAUCUUAAUCUUGUAUUUCUAAAGAUUGCAGUCUGUGGCUUACAUUUUCACACAUUUAUUCUCUAAACCAGACUCAACAAGGAAAUUGCAAAGUCAAAAUUCCUGAAUUGGAAUAAAAGCUCAAAUCCACUAUUUAGUUGUUUUGCCUGUAAUGUGCCAUUCCUCAUUUAGUAGAAAAACCCUAGUGAGUUUCUUAGCGCAGUUAUAAAAAUAUUAGAUUUUACAGUCAGUGCCUUUACUGCGUGUGUUACUCCUUCAGUGAUUUGGGCUAUGUUUUUUAUGUCCUGAGGUAGUCUCCAGGGCAUAAUGCAUUGUAAUCCCUUCUGGCAUUGAAGCAGUUAGUAUUUUUUCUUAGUUAAUCUGAUCUUUCCUGGUUAUCCGUUUCCUCUCCAAUCAGUAUGAAUUGUUGGGAAACAGCCGGUGAGAACUGCCAGCCAUAUUCACCCGCUAUUGGCUGGCCUUGAUAGAGGGUGGGUGCCCAUAACAAAAUCAGCGUAUUGUGAUUGGUUUCAGUGGGGAUCACUCAAGGCCUAUGUUGUGUCUGUGGCCAUAGCUGUAAGAUGACACGUCGGUUCUCCGUUCCUUCCCCUAGACCCCAAGGGAGGGGUGUGCUGUAGCUGGGAUAACAUGCUAGGUGAGUGCAGCCUUUAGCUUGAGCUGCUUUUUAUAACAUGUUUUUUGCCCUGGAUCAAGGUAUAUUUAGACUUUUUUUUUUUUUUUUUUUGCAUUGUAAUUCAAACUGUAUCCAGGCAUCCUUAUUCAGCUGGGAUAUCUUGAGAUUUUCAAAUUUGACUUCUGAAUUUUCCUGGGCGCAUAUUUCCAGCAUUCACAUGGUUGUUAACCAGCAUUUAGGGGCCAAUAAGACAUUUUGAGCUGACUUCUAUACCUGUGAUGGCUAUAAUUUUUGCUUUGCAAUUCAGGAAGCCUAGCCAGAUGUAUACUGUGGAUAGUCUCCAACCUUCUUGCUGUUGAUAGGAGUUGGAAGUUCCUCCGUAAAUGUUUCCAAAUUUUUUAUGAUGCUUUUCUUGUAAAAGGGUAUGGAUGUCUGAGGCUUACAGUUGGUAUGUGUUUGCUUUUUACUUUCAAAGUACUGCCGUGUCCAUCCUAAAAAAAGAAAGGUUUCAUAAUGAGUACCAUUACAUUGGGUAAUAGUAACAUCCCCAGGACGUACUUGAGAACCAGAGCAUUCUAAACGUACCUUUCCUGGUUAAAUACGUUGUUGUUGUUGUUGUUGUUAUUUAUUAUAAUGAACCUUACGAAAUGUUAAUUUGUUAAGAAAUGUGAUAUGGCUGGGAAGUUCUUAUUUUAAUUUGCAUGUUCAUAUAUUUUAGGUCCUUGCUUUUUAUUCAGCUGCAGAUAGCCUACACAGAAAUGUGUCAAAUAUGGAGAAUAGUUAAACAUAAUGGUAAUGAUGAGUAAUCUGUCUGGAGUAGAGCAUUGGGGACUCCACCAAAAAAUCCUUGAAUAUUCAAAGCAAGUCAGACUACGAAGGUGGUACAUUAUUGCACCAUAAAUGACAACAAUUUAAUCAUGAGAUCUUUCUCAAGCAAUAUUAACUUGUGACCUAAGCCGUGCCACUUUGGGAUCCAUAAAUAUGCCAUUAUUGCAGUCUGCCAGAGUCCUUAUUUUCGUAGGCUAACAAAUUGUUAUUUACUAUAUUUAUCUGUGCAUGCCCAUAACAUUAUCCCUUGGUUUUAAACAUUGUUGCUUUCUGAAAGUCUGACUUAUUGUUUAAGUAGCCUGAUAAGAUUAUUAUGUGUGCCCUGUAACUUAAUUUGUAUCAUUAUUGUUUCAUCUUGUGAAAUGGCUGCUUUUUUCCCACCAGUCCUAUGGUUUGGAUGUAGUUAUUGCCAGGAUUACAGAAUCUCUCAAGCAGCUCCUUUGUGAUGUUUAGUGUAUGCGUUAUUUUUGCAUUAUGUGAAUAGUCGAGAAUUGCAUGUUCUGUACCAUGUGAUCCAAAGUCCUGGCUGUGUGUUGUGUUGUUUUAAUAAGGUAUACAAUACACACUUUGUGAAAAAUGUUUUCAUCCCUACUUUGAUUAUCAAUUUCCAGCAUAGGGGUUUGUUGUUGUUGUUUAGUCACUAUAGUUGCGAUCUCAUAGAAGUGGUUGUCUAGCAUUGUAGCAAAUGUGUUUAGAGACACAUUGUACUGAGUGUUCUUGGAGCCCCUCAUUAAAGGAACGGAGUAAUUUGCUAUUUCUUUUUCAUUGUCACUUUUGUUACAGUUCAAUAAAUGGCUACAUGUAGGACCUUCAUACUUUACUUACUGUUCUACUGCUCAGUAUCACAUGAUGGAAUUUAGUGCUAAAAAUACUAAUUGCAAACAACACUGACUUUGAGAGCCAGCAAGGGAUGUUAUCUGUUGCUUUGUGUGUCACCUGGACCUGCAUGCUAAGCCUAAUGAUUGGAAACCUUACAGAGGCCUCUGUGUACAGGAAUUUGACAUUGUGGAAUUAGCAGAGAUGUGAUUCAGAUUUGGUACUCAAACAAACAGUGCUCUCUGUUCUUGCCAAUGGUGGGUAGCCCUGGCACCCAUAUGUUUGUAAGCUCCAUUGAUACCCAGCCAACACAUGGUUUUGUAUGAAAAGACUGUAUGGAGCAAAGUGCUAGGAAUGGAGUUUGGUAUAUGUAUUGGUAAGUACUAUAGUCUGGUGAUCACCAGAUCCUCUAAACAUGAUAUAGCACGAAUACAAUUUCAUUAUAAUUGGACAUGGUUACAGAGGUCGGUUUUAAGGUACCACUGAAAAUCUUCCUAUGACUUGCUUGGCAUUUUUCCCUGCAGCUUUCUCACAAUACUAGAGUGCCCUAGUUUAGUCACUGGAUAUUUCACUGUUCAUGGUUAGUUUCCACUGGCUAUCUAUAGCUAUGUACAUUUGAGAUUGCCAUUCAUUAGAAGCAAGCCUCUGGCAAUGUGACUGUCCACACUUCCUGUAUGGAAGAACACAGGGUACUUUUAAUAUGGAAUGCAAGAAACAGUCGUCGGACUGGACCAGAUUAUUUAUUUUCACUUAAAUUUCAGCCUAUUCAUUGCUAGAGCAGUGCUUUUUACACAUUCCCAGAAAGAGAUCCAUCAUACGCCUAAGGCAAUCUACGGCUAGCAUGUCAUAUGCAGCCUCUGCCAUUAAUGAUGCUGUGGACUACAUCUUCCAUGAUGCUCUGCCAUCCAGGAUGCUAUGGAUUUCUUUACCAAUCGAGGUGCCAUGUAUUUCCCAAAAUGCCUUGCCAGACUAAAAGCUUCCUCUGCCAUUUAGCGUGCUGUAGAUGAUGGAUUAACAUCUGUCAGAUAAUCGGUCGUAGGCCACAGCAAAAUGUAAAUCACCCCCCACAUGGAAGCACAGUCUUAUGUUUUUCUCUGAAAUGCUGCAUUAUACUUUUGUAUCUGGAAACCAAACCUGGCCACAGCUUGGGAUGGGUGUUACCAAAAGCCUGACAAGUUGUAAUUCACUGUCUGUAAAAUGUUUCUGGCAUAUAACCUGUUAUGUGCAAAUAUGUAUUUUUAUGUAUGUAUGGGUGUAUUUUUGAGAAGACCUUAUUGUAUUUAUUUUUUCCUAAUUAGUAAAGUGGGCCAGAUUAAUAUAAUAGUGUUGCUAACAGAUAUAAACUCCAUUCCUAUAAACUGUAAGCUCGUCUGAGCAGGGUCCUCUUUACAUAUUGUUCCUGUAAGUUUUCUUGUAAUUGUCCUACUUAUAGCUAAAUCCCCCCUCUCAUAAUAUUGUAAAGCACUGCGGAAUCUGUUGGCGCUAUAUAAGUUGCGAUGAUGAUGAUGAUAACAGAAAAUUGCAACAAUUAACAGGAACAUUCCAUUGGUUUUUAUGGUGAUUGCGUUCGAGCUUUCCCUGUUUUAGUUUUGACACUUUUUUUUAAAAAUAAUUCUCCCUCAUUAUUUGGUCCCUAAAUUUAUAUAAUCCAGAACUAAAACUAUCAUUCUCAAUUUUUGUAAAUGAAUCUAGUUCAGAUUAUACAAAAACCAGAAUUGAAGAAAAUGCAAUUGAAGUUAGUGUGAAUGAUAUUGCUUGUUAUCCUCUGACUAUGUUUAUGUUGUCUAGUUAUUUUGUAUCAGGUUACAGACUGGUAUUACUGUCAGUAAGGAGUACAUUUCCAGAAGUCAUCUGAUAGACAUGCUUCCCAAUAUGUUUGCAUGAUGUCUGAUCAUGAUGCAUUAUUUUUUUUAAAUGGAACCUUUUAUACAUCCCACCCUUACCUCUUUACUUUACCCCACUCCGCUAAUAUGUAAGCUUGUUUUGAACCCUCUGUUCUUGUGCGUCCAACGCGUCUUGCUGCAAAUACUUUUCUGUUAGUCCACCUACUGUACAGCGCUGCAGAAUUCGUAGGCGCUUUAUAACUAAUAAUACUGUUGCUUCGUCUCCUUUGUCUUCCAUUUCAGGGAAACACCUAGCAGAAAAUUGUACAGCUCUCCAUUUCCCAGAUGUAUUGUUAAUGAGAAGUGUGUACCUGUGCAAUACAGCCACAAGCAGCUCCACGUUCACUAGGAGGGGGAUACAAUGAAUGAGAAAUGCAAUGGAAGCUGGUAGCAGCAUCCAGUCACUUGUGAAUCCCAGUCUCCUCAUUUAAUAAACGAUUAGAGAAAACUACGCUUAAUCUCUUUUAAAUGAGAAGUUACUGGCCAUGUGUGAGGCCACAACCAAAUCUGUUGUUUCCAGGAUCAUGUUGUGGGCACUUGGUAUGGAAUGGAGCUUAAGUUACAAUUUCCUUAUAUCAGGGAUUUCCUAACUGUCCCUUCCCCGCCCCCUCCUCAGAGACCUGGAUAUAUAUAUAUUUGUUUGUUUGUGGCUUCAUUUAAAUUCUACAAAUAUUGACCAACUCCCUGUCUUGCAGUCACAGCCUUUCUGAGCUUUGAGAUUUCUCUGGCGUGCACUUCAAAGAAGCAGUGACGAUUAAUUAUCGCUUUCACAGCCAGGAGGGUCUCCAACACACAGGAGGCCCCUUGGCAAUGAAACACACUACUCCUGCGUUCCUUUAAUUUGUAAACACACCAUCACAUGGCAGUGCCCUUAUUUUCAUUUCACAGCUUUGUUUUUUUUCCUGUAUUAGCCUCAACAUUACUGACGACUGUUAGGAAUGUGAGAAUACAGAGAGAUUGAUCCUCUACAUAGGAAUUAAAAUUCUGGAUUCUGUUAUUUAAGGACAUGUCCACAUCUCAAACCGCUGGCCUUUGUUUUAAUUUCAGAAUGGAGAAGUGUCUCAUCAUAUGUUGUUAACUGUUAUGCAAGACCUGCUUUGUUUGUGGUUUUGUUAAUCACAAAGUCUUCGUAAGGAAGUUUGUUACUGAAGUUUUGCCCUGUGUUCUUCCACUACUAGAAAUGUCCACACUUUAUCUCCCACCAUGACUACUGCAAGGUUGUACCUGACGUCUAUACCCUGCAGUUUGUAGCAUUUGCUAUGGUAGCUGGGUUAGCUGAAUGUUUCUAAUAUCAUGUAUAUCUUAACACGUUUCAGUGUCCGUUUAAAGGGAUGGGAAACGCCUAUUUCUUUACGAUCAUGCCCUGUCCAGUGUUAUAACAUUUUAUUUUUAUUGAAUUUACUUGCCUUUUAUUAAGCAGGAAUAUUAAGCGAAUGUGCAGAUGGUAGUGUACGUUGAUUUACUCUCUGUGAUUUGUUUCUCUCCCCCCCCCUCCCUUUUUCUUGACAGCUAGUUUUAGUGCUGAACCCAUGUACCCCCUCACCACCCACCACCCAAAAAAAGUGAUGAUGUCCUGUCAUACAAGCUCUGCCUGCCUUGGGUUUAGAAACAGAGCUUGGAAAUUUAUAUUUCACUGACACUUAUAAUAUCUAGGGGCUUAUUGACUAAACCUAAUUUUUGUACAAACCUAUCACGGGUAUUGCAAGCUUUAUUCCAUCGGUGUGUACAGGUACGUUUCAAUCAAGUAAUCAUCAAAUUUGCCAAGGUUCCACAUUUUUUAAGAGAUUCAAUUUAGCUUAAACCUCUCACUCCCCAUCGGGACCAACCUAUUGCAAUUUUGUUAUUGCUGCAAGAUAGGAGCAGAUAUGUCACAGCAGCCUGGAUCUGUGUUGCUAGAUCAUUGUGUGUUCAUUGUUAGAUUUGGUAUUGUUAGAUUUGAAAUACGUGCUAUUAAGCAGAAGGAUUCUGCUCAGGUCUGUGUACAGGACUGAAUCCAGUAGCAUCAGAAAGUCUUGGCCGGAUGGGGUCCACACAAAGCCUUUUGUAGGUCACACUUGGAUGUAACUGUGAAGUAAUCUAUUUUCAUGUAUUUUUACUUUUUAUUUUUUUACAUUUUAAUAUAUAGAAGUUGGGCAACUGAGCCAAGCUGUGUGAAUACCAUCCAUAUAAUGUGUCAUAAUGGGGGAGUUGAUGGUCCAUUUCUACAUAAAUAGCCUCCUUAUUCGAACCACGAUGUAAUAUGUAACAUUAUCACUUUGGACAAAAGGUUCGGGCCAUGACUAGUGAAAGGGAUAUUGAACAGUAGCUCUGUGAGAUUAUCAGCUGGGUUGGAACAAGAUGCUUAUUGUUAAAACUCUGUGAAGCCCUGUGUUUGUGUAGUCUGUAUGUAGUGCUUGUGUAUAGUCUAUUAGUGUUGGCAUUUGCAUGGCCAAAAAUGCAAUAAAUUAAGUUAUUUUUAUCAGUUAUCUCAUUUUCACACUUUAAAAGAAGGGAGGGAUAUUUGUUUGCAAUUCUCCAUGUUUGCUCUUAUUCUGUCGAAGAGCUGUUAUUAAUCCGUAUUGAUCACACUUUUCGGGCUCCUAGCAGUUCCCACACUCUGUACUUGUAGUAUGAUAUACAGGUCAUGCUGGCAGUGCCGUGAUGUGCAUUGACAUUCGCUUUACAAUGAGCCUCCGCCAGAGGUUUCGCCGCCCCUCGUGCUCCCAGCCUGGGAAUCCCACAGUCUUUUAACAAUGGAUGCAAAUUGCCUUUCACAGUAAACCUGAUCUUUAUUGAAGCAGAACUCCCAACAAUUCAGGCUAUGUUGAACACGAAUGAAGGAGUGGGGGGCACAGUUGUAAAUAUAUGGAGUAAGGGAGAGUUCUGUAAAUGCCAAUCUGGAUUAAAAACCUUUCGAAAGGCAGGAGCAAGCAGCCGCAUUAAACGAGAGCUCCGGGCUACAAACUGUAAGCCAAGACACCCUGCAUGCCCCAAACAACAUGGGACUAAAAACCAAGAAAAUAAUCGCGGAAAAAAACCCACCUCUGGGAUCACUAUCGGGGAUAUGUGGAGACAGGCACGAUGCGCAAAUGGGCCCAAUAUGGCGGCACUCCACGGAGGCUGCUCUGAUUUCUCCGAUGACCUCUCUAGAGAAGAGUAUCUACCAGCUCCCACAGCGGGACAACCCCCACAGCAGCACAAACCCAACCAGGACUCAGCUCCGGUAACUAAAGCGGUCCUAAAACAACUGCUCACUGACCUACAAACGACCCUACAAAAAGCCAUCACAGCGGUACGGGGAGACCUGAAGGGCCUGAUGGCCCGCAUGGGCACCCUCGAAAGAGCCUCCACAACCAAUGCUGUGAGCAACCUGCAAACACAACAGUGGAACCACGACCACCGCCUUGCAGAAUAUGAAGACGCUAGGCGGAGAACUAACCUGAAGGUUCGAGGGGUCACAGAAGCAAUACCCGAUGUGGAGCUCCCACAGUUCGUUGAACACCUGCUCGCAAACAUAUUGGCAUCCUCACACGCCAAAAGCAUUAGCCCUGACUGCCUCUUCAGAAUCCCCAAGCCACCAAGAGCAGCGACCAUGGCCACCAGGGAUUUAAUAGUUACUUUUCUCAACAUCCAGGACAAAACUACAGUCCUCAAAGCCCUAAGGGGUAAAACGCCCCUCCAAUUCGACAACAUGACACUAAGCUUCUAUACGAUCUCUCGAAUGAGACCCUGGCAUGGCGGCGCUCCUUCCGGCCGCUUACCGCACUACUCCGAAGGUACAACCUCCAAUACCGCUGGCAGCCUUCCCACACACUCACGGUCCGCUGGGGAACGGACUCCCACAAGAUACAGGACCCAGCCGACACGGCGCAGCUACUGCAGGCUUUAGGCCUACCACCGGACUCCCUUACCCAGAUGGGCCAGCAAUGUACUAACUCGCCAAUGCACUCCUGGGACCCGACGAGAACUGUCCCAUUCAUACCUCAGGGACUAACACCCGACCCUUACGUAGCGGUCACUACAUAAACAGAGACUGGCGAACAUACAACCAUAAUAGGAUGAAGUGACUCUUCCCAAGUAGCCAAGUCAGAUACUUACGAUAUGUUUCUGCAUGUAUUAAUGUUUGUAACAGGUUUCUCUAUCCCCAGCCGCCUUCCUAGGCCGAGGCCCAGAGGCCACAAUACUUCAGAACUACUGCUAUAUUUUGAAUUAGACACGUCUUUUCACCCCUCUGUCCCGCAAGUAGCCACACCGAUAGUUGCCGGCAUAUAGCGGAGCGUACUAUCAGACACAGCAACAACACUCUUCGCACACAUGUACAUCAUAACGGUUAUAAACCUUCCUCGCCUUUCAUAAACACAAUCUGUACAGCCUACACUUAGAACUAAAGGUCAGCCGGUUUAAUGCUAUUGCCAUGGACACCGAGCCCAACUGCCGCCCAAACGAACAUAAAGCUAGCUCCCCGGGAGGGUAAUCUAUAUGCCUGGCAGACUCCCUCCGUUGCCUCUUUUAGUUAUAACGUUUUGUAGUUUUGUCACCACUGUAAUCUAGCAACUAUCCAUCAAGCUUAAGUGUCAGCUCGGCACAACCAGCAAACACUUAAUGCCUGACUAGACAGUCAAGAGCCAGGCUUAACUAACCCACUAGACUGCCUGGAGUUUCUUACAAAACAUAGAUUAGCCUUUACCAUGUUUAUACACACCGUGUAUCUAGCCCAGCAUGAUUAUUACACACUAAUGUGGACUCAUAGUUAUUUUCAUGUUAUAAAAAAGAGUUGUUUACAUUGCCACACUUCCAGCUUCAUUUUGUUCAUAUAUAAAAAAUUCUGUGCAUAUACUCCUGAACACCCUACUAUAAUUGUUGGAACUAAGCGAGAGGAAUGCCGCUGGGGUACCGCACGCAAGAUAUGUUUUUAUGCACUGCAAAAAUAAAGUAUUACAUUUUUUUUUUUUUUUUAAAAAGCCCUUUCGAAAGAUCUCUCUGUUCCAUAAUAAUUCUGUGAAUUUGCAGCUCUUGGAUCAGAUUAUUUUAUAUCAAUUAUAGCUUGUGGACCUUCAGGGCAAUUUCCUAAACUGAAUUGCUUGUAAUUCCCAGGGAAAUUGUAAAUAUAAGACCAAAAUAGCUGAGAUAAGAUUAUCUGGAUUGGAGACUUUUCCCACUUUUGCUAUUGUGGCCUACAUUUUUACAUUUCCUUGUGAAUUCCUGACAAAUAGAUUUCCUGCAUAACCAUAUCUGACGCGUUAUUUUAUUUUACUAAAAUGUUGUGCUUGUUUUGUCUCUUGUUUUGGCCAUAUUAGCCUGGCUGUGCUGCAGCUUGACUAGUCUCUGGUUACAUCAGCCUUGGUUUACAAAGUUUCCUACAUUCCAUGUGGGUGAUGUAAUACAGAGACAGGGACUCUGGAAAAGGAAAAGGAGGGACAGUGAACUGGCUUUCAAAUUCCAUGUGUGCCUGUGUUAAAAUAGCAAUGCUGAUUUCUUUGGCAGAGAUUUGCACGUGACAUUGUUGGAGCCUGGGAAGGCUGUAUGUUGUAAUGACCUCAUAGUACGCUUUUUGAAAUCGCCAAUGAUUUGUCUCUGUUCUCUUUUCAAAAACUACAUUAUGAGUUUAUUAGUCAAGUAAAAUGAUCGUUUGACCAGUUUCAAACCUUGUUUUUUUUAAAUUUUUGCUAAAUAUUGUCCCAUGUGGAUAUAUAUAUAUAUUUUUUUUUUUACUGGAUUAUUGGUUCUUGAUACUAAACAGAAUCUGAAAGUGUAAGCUGCCAUAAUUUGCUUACCAGCGGUGUAUGUAAAAACGCCUGCUUUGGAAAUUCACACAAUCGUUGCCAGUUUCCUGUACUGUCUACACGCUGCAAUAUUUUUAGCUCAGAAUCCCGCAAGGCUCGUUUUGCUAGGUAGGAAUGUGCGCGCUCUGUGUGUUUGUAACGUCGCUGCUAAUGGGUCAGCCCGGGGCUUACUACUGGGGAAUGCCUAAAUUGGGCUUCUUGCAGUAACAGGCUUUUGGCGUCUUUCUUUUUUAUUUUCUGUCUGUGAGUGCCGUUAUUGCUGGAAAGUCUUCUAAUGGGAGCCAAAGGUCUCAUUCUAGAUUCAAACAUGGCAAAAAAGCUUCAUUGUUGCAAAUGUGCAGUUUCUAUUGGGUUGCAUAGGAGGAAAGGUUAACUUGGUGACUUUGUAUAGCAGCUAUCUCUGGUAAUAGUUAACGCAGUGUCACCAUUGCCUACCAGUUUAAGUAGAGAUCAGUACUUAUCGAUACUAGAACUAGUCACAUAUAGCAGUGUAUGAAUCAUUGCGAGAGUUUCCCUUGUGCAGGUUAGUGUUCAAUAUAAGUGUUCAGCCACUGGGAGAGGAGUUGGACAGGUUGUAUAUCUGUGAGCAAAAUGUAUUCGCAGAUAUAAAGAUGGGACUUUUAUCUUAUCUAAUAUAUUACACAACACUUGUGAGCUCAGACAUUUUUAUCCGUUAUCAGUUGCUGAAUUUGAAAUUAUAAUGUGCAUUUAUAACAGGUCGAGGCAAGCUAUUAUCUGUGAUAAGUUCUGAGCAUGGAAAGUCUUGUCAUAUUGUAGGGUGUGAAAGUUUUAAAUGGAUGCUCUAGGCACUGGACAGCUUUCUCUGGUGCACAUUAAAGCUGCUUAUAUUAAUGUCCAAAGUCAUCCAGUUAUUGCCAAAAAAAUGUGACCCUGAAGGCGAAACUGAUUUGACUAUCCCUUUCCCAGAGAAAAAAGCUGAGAGAAAUUUAUGUAAAAUCCCUUUUCUUUAUCUGCAAUAUGAUUAUGUAUAAGUUAGAAAACUCUGAAGGGUUUAAGAAUGUUCUAUCCUUUCAAAUACAUUGGAAAGAAAUUGUAUAUCAAUGCUUUUAGUUUGAUGCCUCUCCUCAUUCUCUAAUAAUGUUCGUUCUUCUCCUUUAGAGAUUUAUUGAAACAUGGAAUCUGAAGACAUUCCUGAGUUUUUAAGCCCGAAAGAAGAAAUUGUUUAUUGGAGAGAACUGUGCAAGACGUUUAAACAGAGGUUCGUAUCAUGUGUACACCUGUCCCACUUUCCCAGCCCCAUUCAUUUUUUUCAUAGUUAUUCCUAAAAAAAAAAAAAUGCACAGAUUAUAGUGUUGCGUUCUAAAUAUAGGGUGUCCAACCUUGAUCUGACAGCGCUUUUUGUACUACAAGUCCCAGAAUUGUCAGCAAGCCAGUGUUUACUUGAGAAUUCUAGGAGCUGCAAGUUGGCUAUAACUGAAGGGCCAGUUUUGAGAAAUUAUAUUAUUUAAAAAAUAAAAAGUUUCAGGACAAAUAUUAAGAUUUUACUUAUUUGCUUAGAUGGCGUAUUAUGAGUAAAAAAAAUAAAUAAAUAAAAAGUGCAAGCAAUCCAGUGAUUGUCUUACAGGAUUACAAAUGGAAAUAUAUACAAUACAAACAAAAAGCUUUUUGAAGUAAUAGUAAAACAGUCACUUUGUAGGAUCAUUGUGGUAUAGAUACUUACCUGAACCACUCUCUUACAUUCUUCUACUGUGGCAUUUUCUUCUACCUACUGGUCUUCAGCUCCUGGUGGCAAAAUCUACCAGGGCCCGCGCCACUCAUGUGCAAGAGUACAAAACAGAGGUGUAUGAGACCACAAGAUCUUCUAUAGGUGAUCUCAAGCCUGCUCAAUGACGGGCAAUUGGCAUAUAGUCUGCAUCACAUGAGGAGAUGCUGGCUCUCAUCAGCAGUUGCUUAAGCGAUGGCAAGAUGUGGUGACAGAAGCGGCUUUUAGCUCCACAUUUUGCCAAUAAUGCAGUAAUUACAGAAGACAAAUAGUUCCUACUUUGACUUAUUAUAGAAUUUGUUUGAUCUUUUUGGGGGCUUUAUAUGUCUGUGCGUUUUUGGUAAUUUACAUAAACAUAGGUGGGUAUAAAUAUACUUCUAUUGAGGAUUAAUGCAACUUUACAUUUUGAUUUUUAUACAUAUCUCUUUAAUGGAAACAAAAGUUUAAAUCAAUCUGUCAAAUGAGCUGCAUGAAACAAAUGUAUUUUUACCGCUACAUGAUGUUUUAUGUUACCCGCCACUCACGGGGGACUGACUGAAGCUGAUGCUUGUGAUGGAUGGUGGCUCAGUGUGCCACCGGGACAGUGUAACUGUACCAAUCACAAAGCAAUGGUCAGCAAGGUAUCUAGCCAGGUAGACCUGAUUUUCUGACUGUGAAAAAUUCAGAUUUACAUUGGACUAUGUGAUUAUUUUCCUUGCAGUUCAUGUUUUAAUUUAUGUAAUCUUUCCAGUGUGUUGGAAUGAGUUUUAUGAAUGACCUGACCUAAAUCAUCUGUGUUUUAACUCAUUAAGUUAUCAGGAGGCCCGUGAUGAACUUGUGGAAUUCCAGGAAGGCAGCAGAGAGCUGGAAGCUGAGCUGGAGACACAGCUGGUGCAGGCCGAGCAGAGGAAUAGAGACUUGUUAGCUGAUAACCAAAGACUUAAAUACGAAGCGGAAACCUUAAAGGUAUAUACUAACCUCCCGCAUUUAAACUUAACCUGACUCAAGCUUCUAGUACUUUGAAAUGACUGCAUUCCAUAAUUAACAUGUGGUAUGAUUAAUUCCCCUUUAGGAAAAGCUUGAGCAUCAGUAUUCUCAGAGCUAUAAACAGGUUUCUCUCCUGGAGGAUGAGCUGGGUCGGGCUCGAAGCAUUAAGGAUCAACUCCAUAAGUACGUUCGAGAGUUAGAACAGGCCAACGAUGACUUGGAAAGAGCAAAACGGUGAGUCCAGAACUUGGAUAUUGGAUUUAAAUUUCCUUUGUUAGUUGGUAGUUACAACAUCAUUACUGCAAUGAUCUCCCAGACUCUCUGGAGAGAACUUAAGGGUUAAUGUUAGAAUUCCAUUACACUUUUUUUUUAUAAUUCUUUGUUGCAUUCAAAAACAGUGUACAUGAGCGGCAAUAACGUAUAUAGCAUGUAAAAGAGGAGCUUGGCAUUAGGUAUGAUAACCAGUAGUCGUAUGGCUUCUUACCAGUUGUUACAUUAACUAUAUGGUCUGAGUUUCCUGUGCAUGUACAUUUUAACAUUGAAAAGAUAUUGUAUGUCAUGGUUUUUCAAAAAAUAAAAUUAUAAGCAGUAAGUUUAACACUUGCUAGAGGUAACUCAUGGGUACCACUAUCUUGGUAGCUAUUGUAGUUUUAUCUUCACCAUCUAGUAGAGACAAAAGUAGUCGUCAAUUUUUGCUGGUCUGGUGAUAAUUCCAUUACUAAAUGGACUGUGAAAUGCAUGUGAAAUCUCCUUACUAGAACUUAUUGUUCUGUUUUUUUUUAGAUACAAAUGCAAAUGCCUUUUGUGUUUGCCAGCUACUUAAUAACCCGUGAUUAGGUUAAUGAACACAUGUAUGUUAAAGAAUAUCUGUCAAAUGGAGAUACAUCUUCUGACACUUGAACUUCCCCCACCCAACUCCUUUGGGAUAUAACUGACCCAGUUUAUUGCGCUUGAGGGCAGAAAAGAAUUUAAAUAUGACUUUAAGCUAUUAAUUUUCUGAAAGUGAAAGUUCUACCGUUUGUCAAUCUUUCAUAAUCUCUGUUGGGGUCAAACUUGCAGGGCCUAAGGCAAUGUAUAAACAUCACUUGAGUUGGUCAAUUGAGACAGAAAUGCUUUUAAACGUUGAAUCCUUUGACUUUUCUAUUGAAUGGUUUUUUUUUAUGUUGCCCGAGGAGUUUCAUCCCACUUUUAUUAGGGGCCUCUGGAGUUCUACUACUAGUAGGUUAAGCUUUGUAUAGGGUUCCCAGAUCAAUUGUUUUGUUUUUUUCUUUUCUUGUAGACAAGUAUCACUCUUUGAAAAGUGCUGCCCUCAAGUAUGCAGAAUUAAUAUGCUGCUUAAUGACUUGGUUCUACCUGAAACGUAUGAAUCCUAUAUAUUGCAGGGCAAGUUGUGUGUCCUGGAAAACAUAGUGGAUACGACCAGGGACGUAUUAGCCGCGAGGCAAACAAGGCAUUUGCCUUGGGCGGCAUUUUUCAGGGGGCGGCAAAAAACGCCGCCCCCCAAAUGCCCAGGGCAAAUGCCUAGUUAGCCUUGCGGCUAACUGACAUCCCGGGCGGGCGGCGCUGGCAGGCGGGCGGCUGGCGAGGGAGCACUUCCUAUGAGCUGUCUGCUCAGCUCCCUCGCGCGCCGCACAGUGAGGCUGGGAGCUGGAAGAUGACGUCAUCUUCCGGCUCCCAGCCUCACUCUGGAGCUGAGCAGACAGCUCAUAGGAAGUGCUCCCUCGCCAGCCGCCCGCCUGCCAGCGCCGCCCGCCCGACCUGCAGCCACUGGACCACCAGGGAGAGAGAGACCUCCCCCCCCCCAGCACUCCCAUAGGUAAGGAGGUUGGGGGGGGGAUUUAAAUUAAAAAAAAAGUUAAUCUGUGUGUGUGUCUGACUGUGUGUGACUGACUUUGUUUGUGUAUGUGUGUGUGUGUGUUUGUGUCUGACUGUGUCUGUGUAUGUGUCUGACUGUGUGUGUGUGUUUGUGUCUGUGUGUGUGUGUUUGUGUCUGACUGUGUGUGUGUUUGUGUCUGUGUGUGUGUCUGACUGAGUGUGUGUGUUUGUGUCUGUGUGUGUGUGUUUGUGUCUGUGUGUGUGUGUUUGUGUCUGACUGUGUGUGUGUUUGUGUCUGUGUGUGUGUCUGACUGAGUGUGUGUGUGUGUGUGUCUGACUGAGUGUGUGUGUGUGUGUCUGACUGAGUGUGUGUGUGUGUGUCUGUGUAUGUCUCUGACUGUGUGUGUGUUUGUGUGUGUUUGUGCCUGACUGUGUGUGUAUGUGUGUGUGUGUUUGUGCCUGACUCUGUGUAUGUGUGUGUGUAUGACUGUGUGUGUGUGUUUGUGUCUGACUGUGUGUGUGUAUGACUGUGUCUGUGUGUGUGUUUGUGUCUGACUGUGUGUGUGUGAGUGUGUGUGUAUGUGUCUGACUGUGUGUGUAUGUCUGACUGUGUGUGUGUGUAUGUGUAUUUAGAAGGUGGGGCGGGGGAAGGGUUGGGUGGGGGUGCAAGGGGGUGCCUGAGUUUUGUCCUGCCUAGGGCAGCACAAAACCAGGAUACACCACUGUGUAUGACGUGUGUGUCUGUGUGUGUGUUUGUGUCUGUGUGUGUGUUGUGUCUGUGUGUGUGUUUGUGUCUGCGCGUGUGUUUGUGAGUGUGUGUGUGUGUGUCUGACUGAGUGUGUGUGUGUGUGUGUCUGACUGAGUGUGUGUGUGUGUGUGUCUGACUGAGUGUGUGUGUUUGUAUGUGUUUGUGCCUGACUGUGUGUGUAUGUGUGUGUGUUUGUGCCUGACUCUGUCUGUGUAUGUGUGUGUGUAUGACUGUGUGUGUGUGUUUGUGUCUGACUGUGUGUGUGUAUGACUGUGUGUGUGUUUGUGUCUGUGUGUGUGUUUGUGUCUGACUGUGUGUGUGUGUGUAUGUGUGUGUGUGUGUGUGUAUGUGUCUGACUGUAUGUGUGUGUGUAUGUGUAUUUAGAAGGUGGGGCGGGGGGAAGGGUUGGGUGGGGGUGGCGCGGGGAUAGGGGGGUGCCUGAGUUUUGUCCUGCCUAGGGCAGCACAAAACCAGGAUACACCACUGGAUACGACAUCCCUAAAUACACUUUUGUAUACCUUUUGCCUUUUUUUUGGUUUUUGUUCUGAUUGCUUUGGGUCCGUGCUUCUGUUUAAACCCUAAACCCUCCAUUGCUCUGAAUUAAAUAGCUGUCAGAUUAGUCCUGUUUAAACUCCAAAUUCCUCAGAACCCUUCAUUAGUUAGGAAAAGUAGAUCGCAACUGACAUCACAUCUGUCUUUUGAUUCCUUCUUGUUCUACACAGUGAGUGUUCUGAUUCCAAUGUGCUCAUGAAAUAAGCAUGUUUAAGCACGUUGGUCGGUCAACAUAAACUCACAUUGGAGUUUCAUUAAUGCAUUAAUAAGAAGCAAACUUUAGACUCUGAGUAAUGCUGCUGUGCGAUCAACACUGUUUUCCUUUUUCUGUUACCUGACGGCAGAUCAGACGAUGGGAGGUCACUGGCCACAUCAGCCUGUCUCCUGUCAGUAACAAGUGAUUUGUCAACAAGGUUUUUCAUUUGAGUCUCCACCAUUGAUUCCAUAUGAAACAGUCACUUACUAGAGUUAAUAGGGAUUAGGUCAGUUUACAGGAAUGUGCCUUGCUCAAGAUAAAAUGAUUUGUAUCUUAAAUAUUGUACAUAUCAUUUUAUACAUUCUGGAUGCAUUCUGCUUUUAACCCCUUAAGAAUGCAUUUAUCAAAGUUUGGUCUCUAAAUGUCCUGUCAGUAUGAAAUGUCCUCCUUAUUAAGCAUUAGCAUCUGUAUGCAAUCCUGGUAGCUUUUAAAUGAGCGUAACAUUUCAUUUUCAUAGCGGAUUUUUAAAACUAGUUUGUAAUAUUUGAAUUAUGCCCUUGUUGAUCCUUAUGAAGUUAAAUGUACCUAUAUAGUUCAAAACAAAGGCUGAAAACAAAAAGGCUAGUGGCUCUUAUAAUGUGUAAAUGCCUUUUAUUGGCAGAUUACUAACCACAAGUCAGGGCUGUCGGUUUACUGCCUUGUAGUUACUGUUUAGAAGGCGUAACUCUGAAAUCAGUUGUUAAAACACUCUAGUUCACUGCAAAUGGUUUCAGUGUCAAGCUAAUGCUAUGAGUCAGUUUUGAAAGAACCAUAAUAAGCACUUCUCUUCAGAAGCCUGUUAUUAACACACAUACGCAGGUUUAGUUCAGUAGCUACUGGGCAAGCAGAGCAGUUACUGCCAUGAUGUAUGUGACAUAGAUCCAUUGGCAGCAAAUCUGUGUGUUUUACAGAGAGAAUGCUGCAAUUUUAGUAUGAAUGUCCUAAUAGAAAACAGUUGAUAACCGUAUAACGCGUUUUAUUAUAAACCUGGAAUUGUGCUAUUUACUAUAAUAAAAGUCAAUCUGAGUCCUUUUCUUUGGGUAACAUUAAAAUCUUCACUCUUGUUCAGGGGUGUCAUGUUUCUGUAUUAUGUGAGAGUUUCAUUUUAUUGUAGGACACCAUUCGUGCAAUUUUCCAGGCAAUAAAACCCCGAUACCCUUUCGUGCAGUACAAGGACAUUGCAGUUUAGAAGCGAACAAAUCAUGCUCCCACUCAGUCCCUUCUGCCGGAUGUCAUACUAUUUUAAACUUUAAUCUGUUGACUGAAAUAGAGCUAUUGUUUUCUGUCUUGUGUCUAGAGCAACAAUUGUUUCUCUGGAAGACUUUGAACAAAGGUUGAAUCAGGCGAUUGAAAGGAACGCAUUCUUAGAGAGCGAACUGGACGAAAAGGAGUCUCUGUUGGUCUCCGUGCAGAGGCUAAAAGACGAAGCGCGAGGUAAUGUUGACAAAGCGCCAUUCCGUGCACGCACAGGGUGAUGUCACUUUUACAGUACGCGUAGGCCACAUUUUCACCAAAAUACUUUAUUCAGUGAAAUGUCAGUAUUCCGCCUCCCUCAAAGCUGAAACAUGACAAUAUCUAUUGGAAUGCUAAAUUUCCCAUCACCCAUUCUAACGUUUUUACUUUAAAUGUACUUUUCCAUGCAGGCAAAACAGGAACUGUUUUAUAUGUAAAGUAAAAACAAGGAAGCUGGCGGUUAACUUUAUUAUUUUCUAGCUAGCUGUAAACACAUAGACAAAAGAGAAUCUUUUAAUAUUCUCUUCCUGCAUCUGUGGAUAUAUGCGUUAACCCUAUCACACUGAUUGCUAAUUUUGGCAAACCAGAUAUAUUUUUUAUUUCCCAUAAUGAUCUGCUAUCCCUGACAUGCCAGAUGAUCUACUGCCCCACAAUGUAUUGAAUUUGGGCAAUUCAUAUAUUUAAUAUUAUUGUUUGUAUUGGCAGAUUUAAGACAGGAAUUAGCAGUACGAGAGCGGCAGACAGAUGGAACAAGAAAGUCUGCACCGAGCUCCCCUACACUAGACUGUGAGAAAAUGGACUCUGCGGUACAGGCCUCUCUCUCCCUACCUGCCACACCAGUGGGCAAAAUAUCAGACAACAGUUUUACCUCCCCGAAAGGUUAGUCUCCACUUGCCAAGAGCUGGCCUACUGGACACAUGUCUUCCCUAUUAACAUUCUGCAUCUGGAGCAUUUUAGGAACUUGGCAUAAGCUGCCCUAGAAAUGUUCAAACUAAAACGUUCAUGAUGCUUUGGAAAUUUUAAAGGCUGGCAAAGAAUCAUAACCAUUCUAGUUCUACGACAUCUAAUUCGUUUAGGCACCUCUGCAGUAGCUGUCCUUCAGUGUGUUUCAGAAACUCUAAUUUCUAACUAAAGUCUUAACUGUAACAUGGAUUAUUUAACUCUGGUCCUAAAGGGUGAACAUAACUGGAGGUAAUUAUUGCUAACAUGUUCGCAUUCUGACCCACCCGAUAACUGACUACCACUCCCAUAAUUCUCUGCCCAUUACCUACCUUAAUGCACUGCAGUCUCCCCAUUAUUGUAGAAGGGAGUGAACUGCAUACAUAAUUUAUUUUGUGUGUGUGUGUUUUUGGAGCUCUUCAGGAUCUAAAAUCUAUAUAUAUAUAUAUAUAUAUAUUUUUUUUCCCUUCCAGGUAUACCAAAUGGUUUUGGAACCACACCACUCGCUCCUUCCGCCAGGAUAUCUGCACUUAACAUUGUGGGAGACCUGUUGAGAAAAGUUGGAGUACGUAUGUUUCUUAUAGGUUAAUAUUGAAUAUGUGCAGGGGCUGUUAGUUAUCCUAGCAACCUUAAUGUAUAUGAACACGUGUAAUCCAGUUUAUUUCUAAAGGCGAAAGUGUAUCGGUUAUAACCCUUUCCUGGCCUGCUGCGUGUAUCUGCCAGAUCUUUAUCCUUGUACUUUCUUUUCAGGCCUUGGAAUCCAAGCUAGCGGCAUGCAGGAACUUUGCAAAGGACCAGGCCUCUCGUAAAUCCUACGUCCCAGGAAACUUAAACAGCAGCAGCAGUAGUUUACUAAACAACAGUGGUGCAAAAUACCCCCAUCCUGGGCACACGUCAUUUUUCGACAAAGGGUAAGAUCAAACGCAGUUGUUGCCAGAAGAGAGAGAGAGUGGUAACCUUUAUAGAACUCUUGAACCGUGCAAGUAAGCCUUGGCACAGCUACUUUGUUUGUGAACUACCUUUGCCAUGGUGCUCAGAUAGCUUGAAGUUUAAAUGCAUUUUCAAACAGUUGCAGUGCUAACGUGUUUAGCCCUACAUGUGAUGAGGACGUAACCGCAAAAACAAUAUAACACAUUAAAACAUAUAUAUUAUUCUGUGUAUAUCAGUACUAGCAAUCCUACACAAACCGUUCCUAAAUCUAAUGAUUUACUGUUCCUCAAAGUUGCACAGAAUUCACUUUAGUCGGCUCAGAACUAGUCCCGGGCGGGCUGAUGACAUGACAUUUAGCCUGGACCUAUUUGCUCUCAUCAUCUGCUAUGAAAAACACUUUCAAGACUUUAAUGCAUCUUGUAAAAUAUCUCCUGGAUAAUAAAUAUAAUAUGACAACUGUUACUUGCUAAACCAGAAAUUGUAAAAAAUAAGCUGAAUUCCGCUAUUAUUUCCAGGUUGGCUAUUUUGAUCUACAAUUAUUAUAAUAAUAACUAGUAUUUAUAUAGCGCCUUUCUCCCAGUGGGACUCAAAGGGCUUUUCAGUGCACGCUUUUGGAAUUAACCAAAUCAGCAGCUGAAUAGUAAUAAAUGUUGUUAUUACCGAAUUGAUGAUACUCAAUUUAUCGACCUCGGAAGGCUGAGUUGAACCUGCUGGGAUUUGAAACUGUGAUCUUGCAUUUUGACAGCCAUUGUAAUCAGGGAAUUUACUAACUGAGCUACCUCACUGUCAAUUUGCAAUUUCUUUGUUGCUUUUCCCCAAAACCUGGUUUAAUUAAGAAUACUUUUUUUUUUUUCUUCUGGAAAAUGUGAUAAGUUUUAAUUAGGUCAGCUUCUUAAUUUAACAGGGACAUCCUUCACUGUGUCAGUUAUAGUGAACACUACACUAUACAAGGAAUUGCUUUCUCUGUAUUGAGCCUUAAAAUGUACAUUCAUAUAAUUAACCAAAUAUUCUACACCUCUUUCCCUCCACAUCUAUGCAUUGAGGGCCAUACAAAGCCUGUUGGAGAGACCUCAGACUGUAUGUGGCAAAACAUGUAUCAAUGUGGACAUAAAUUCUAUCACUAUUUUGGUUGAACCCCUGCCAACAAGGGAUCUGUGACCUGGAAAUAUUACCAAAAUAUUUGCUUUUAGCAAUUUUUAUACAGCAAACAAAAUUCCGUAUUAAGUAUAAUAACUGCUGCUUAUGGCUUUGGUACUGUCAAGGUAUUACCCAGGGCUUUGGUUUUGUUUGCUUUCAGAAUUUAGAACCAUUUGCUUACUGUUUUGGCAAAGUAAGUUAUCACAACAAAAAAUGACAUAACACAUUUCUCAUUGAAUUGUGUGUAGACAUAAUGGUAAUGUAUGUUUAAAUUAUGAUUUGGCCAGAUCUUAUUUCAGAGUACCCCAUCAUGAUUAAACAGGGUUUAUAUAGAUGCUGCUGGGUAAUUUAAAACUAUCAAGGAAGAGUCGGUUCUCUCACCGAAGUCCUAUAAGUGCGCUGUUAAUGAGAUGGACUUAAAGUUUAAUUGAUUGUAAUUGUAUUGCCUUCCAGCUGUGGCAGUGAAUGAUAUAAUUUCUGUUUUCUUUCCCCCGAAUAGGCAGGAAAAGGUCAUUUUCCCCACGUUGUUUAUGGGUAAUUGAACUUUAGUGAUAAGGCUGCAUGCUCUGAGGGUUUACCCUGUGGGUGCGAACUAUCAUAACCCCUUCUUCUCUUCCGUCCGCUAGACUAACUGCAUGGGGAGCUCUCUGAUCAGUGGUUUAAUGGCCUUGAAAGGUUUAUGGUGUUUUCAUUUAUAUGAUGUCAUGUGGGGCUAGAUAGUUUACAAAGCCUCAUUAUUUAUUAGGGUAGUUUUAUUCAAUUUUGUUUCGACUACAUGUUUAUAAUAUUUGAAGUCUAGAAGAAACUUUUUACCUGUUUCAGACAAACUCUGGCUAAUUCACUAGACGGUGAGUAGAGUUGCAGAUGUUUGACCACAGUGACAGAGUGGGGGAUUUGGCUUGUUGUAUUCUGCUGUUUGCAGUUUGGUUGCUUGCUCACCCCAACUUGUUGUUUUAGAGAAUAGCUGUCUGGUUUUCCUGAAAUUAGAGUUACAGGACCCUGAGAUGAUUGAGCAUUAGUGGUCUUUGUAUUGCCCUCCCCCGCUGCCCCGUUAUUUAACUCUGUUACUAUACUUCACACGGUACAUCCAGAGACCAUUGUAAUCAGAAUGAGGUAAGGUGGGUUUAACUGGACUGAUUGCAGUGUAUUUCUCAGAACACCUUAUAGCAGUCACGGGUUACAAUGACAACGUACUUUUUGUUGACUUUUUGCCUCCUACGUAAAAGCCAAAAUGUAAAAUAGUAUUGCUACCAGCACUCGGUAAAAAACCCAAAUCUUUAAAGAUACAUAUUGUUUUACAGUGACAGUCCUUAUCACUGCCAGUGGUAAGUUAAGAGAAACGAUCAGGAAUCCCUUCAAGGUGUUUUAUUUGCAUUGCUUAAAAUAAUAAUCACUUUAUUCCACUUAAUUAUACUUAAAGAAGUACAUGUUCUGCACAUAAAAUGCGUGCACCUUGUUUUAACACCACUUCUCUGUCAGUUCUAUCCAACCCCCUUUUUUCUUUUCUCGUUUUAUAUUCAAGUGUUUUAACAAGAUGUGGAAUACAGUGAUAUUUUUAUAUAAGCAAGGCAGCUGGAUAGCUGUGAAGCGAUUUCUGGUACAUUUACACAUGUUGCUUUGGGGAGUGCUUGAUACUAUUGGGAAUAUUGUGAUAAUCUAUCUUGUCACAGAAAAUUGUUACAUUACUCCCCACAACAAACAGGCUUUAUGCAAGGAACAGUAUUUAGCAACUGUUAGUAUAUUAUUUUAAGAGAGCCGACAAGGCUGGGUGCAUGUCCUGUCUGCAUCACUGUACGCCCCCAGUCCAUCGGUGGCAUGGGCUUCAGAGUGCAGAACGAGGCUCUCGUUAAGUCACUCUGUGUUGGUUGCUGUGAACGACUAUUAGUCGCCCAGGCAACCGACACACUUCUUACAGAUGUUUUGUAGUCUAUCCCUCUCUAUGUAUGUACAAAUUUCUCCAAUAAUGUGUGGUUAUGGUGGUUGAAGUGUUUAUUUAAACAUUUACCUUCACCAUGCCCACUUUUUUUAUAACCGCAAGACUUGUUUCUUGUUUCUAGCACAGUUUAAACCACUAUUUCAACAUUUACGUAGGUAUUUAAUCUUAUUUAUAUAUAACCAUAUGUACUUUAGUAUAUGACUGUUCUUUACUGCCUAAACACUUGACAUCUAGUUGUAUCUUGUGGUUCGUGGGUGACGGUGUGGUCUGCCUGCCAGUUCUGGGUGGAGGUUGUUUUAUUGCAUAUAUAUAUAUAUAAUAUUCUAUCUAUGCCCCAUGAUCACAGUUUUUUUUUUUUUCUCCUUGUUUUUCUUUUCUUUGUAAAACUGUAUAUAUGCAUUUCUGUAAAGUGGAUUGUUACAGACUUGAGGCCUUGAGAUCAAUGGAUCAAUCCUUAGGAUACUUGCCAAGCACUUUAAUUUUUCCGCUAGACGAGACAGAGCGCAAAGGAGCUCGCAUUCAAUUUUAGGAAAGGGUAUGUUCGGAAUUCCUUAUUUGUGACAAAUGUCUGUUGUCAGGACUCUGCCAUACCAGGAAUUUAAUGUUUGUGUAACCCUGAACUUUCAGAACCGAGAUAAACCUUCUAAACAAUGGAUGGAAUUUAUAAGGAGGGUGUGUGAUGAAGAGUGUAAGCUCUCUGGGGUAGGAACUUCCUCUCAGAUGUUCUGUCUGUCCUGAAAACCUGUUAUCCUAAUCUGAGGCAUGUCUUCAGUCAUAGAAUUCAUGGAAAUUGAGAACUGACAGUUUGUUAGAUAGUUUGGUAGAAAUGAUAAACCUCCUUCUUUUGUUGUCCAUUUAACAUCCGUUAAGACCAGGCAGUGUACAGAAGCCACAUAGCCUAUGUAACCUGAGUCACGUGAUCACGUUGCCAUUCUAAACAUUUCAUUGUUUCAUUAACAGCAUCUUUAUCCAUUAAGUUUUAUUUACUAAACUGUGAAUUGUGAAGAAUUAACAAGGAGAUUAAAGCGUUUUAGUUUUAAGUAUUAAAAAAAGUGUCAAUUUAUGCCAAACUCGCUGAGAUCCAAAUGUCCCCCUGGUCAGUUAUCCAAAAUUCCCAGUUUAGUGAUUCAAUCUCUCUACAAUGUUCCUCCUGGUUCUCUGACCAGGUUUAGAGGUGCAGUGAUCAUUUAACAUAUAUCGCAUUUUACUUUCCCUUAGGGAUAUUCGUAUCUGUAUACAUGUUUGAAAGCUAGUGCAUGUCUAAGAGAAUCUUAAUUAUGAGGAAUGGGGCACAAAGUGUUUUUGUUGAAUUACCACUUACUAAUUGUCUGUAAUGCAAGCCUUCUGUGUUCAGGGCAGCUAGCUAAUGCUAUUAAUAAAUUACUUCUCCCGAUUACCCAGUCUCAGUGCCCAGUAUUGGUGCAUGUUGCCCCUUGUUCUCAGUCUGUCUUUUUACCCCUGUGUUGCAGUGCUGCGAGUGGCUAAACGAUGACAUCGUUUCUAUCUUCAUGUGCAGCCCUGCAUUUGCAUUCCAAGAGUUUGUAAAAAAAAAAAAAUAAUAAAAAAAAAAAAAAUUCUAUUAACCUUUUCAGAUCCUGGCCUUACUCACUUACUGGUUUUUCCCUUUUUGUAUAUCACAAACCCCUGGUACAUGUUCUCAUCUACCUAAUGGUCUGGUAUAAAUUCCUGUAUGCAGAAAGUUUGUGACAAUCUUUACUUUGGAUUUUCUUACUUUUCUUUGCUCAGUUGGCAGAAUCAUUAUAUAAGCUAAUUUCUGAAUAAUCCCCAUACGCUGGGAUUUCUGUGUAGUCUUUAAUCACCAACUGAGCAAAAAACAAAAAAAGGCUUUGGGGAUUUCUUAACUGAAAUCUAGCUUUAACUUUGUUAAUGAUAUGUGUUUUUAUAUUGUGUAUUUUUCUGCCAUCUUUUCCUAGGGCAAUGAAUGGGUACGAACCACCUGGGGUUUUAGGAUCACGACCACCGUCUCCUCCAGGCUUGCUCCCCCUGAGCGUAUGAACAAGGGAUGUAACGGAAGGACUUGCAAUAUUCUUUGUGGAUGUUCUGCGAAAUGCGGAGGACAAUACAUGCUUCACAUUAACUUCACUGUCUUGAGGGGCUGGCAGUGCUGCCCCUUGGCAUCAGAGGGGUUAAACUAUUUUUUUCAAGCUGGAUCUGAGACCGCACAAUAUAUUCACUGCUGCCACCGCCUCUGCCACCAUGUGGAUCUGACACCCUCUUCUUCGAGUUCUCUCUGUAUUGUGCUGUGGGCUGUUAAUCAGCAGAGGUUUCAUACUGAGCCAACGUGUUCCACAGUCUGCUCAUUGAGAAUACUAUAUCCACCGCCUCCCACACCAGACCUGAAAAAGGCUUUGACGCAGCAGGUGGACCCAGAGGACAAUAAAUUGUCCCUCACCUGCCAAGGAUGCACCGAAUGUAGGAAUCUCACCCCAGAAAAUCCUCCCCUCAAACCACCAAGCUAAGUUACAGGGUUGCUGCUGACUUCGUCAGACUUUUUUUUUUUUAUUUUUUUUUUUUUUAUGUAUUUUUGUUUUGUUAAACAGUGUUGAUGAUGUGACCACUGUGGUCGAACAGGGCUCUUGGUACAUUGUGACUGAUUCUUCAAACUGUGUGUUUACAUACAAAUCUCCUCAAACGUUUCCCUCCUUUGAUGUGCCUCUAUAUGUACCUCCUGUUACUUAAAACCAAUCUAAAAUCCCUUCCUCCAUACAAAGUACACAUUGAUGAUCAGUUCAAGGUUCUUGUGUUUGUACAUAUGUCAUUUUUCCAUGUUAAUUCUGACCAUGAGUUCUCCUUUUCCUUUAGAGUUUCAGCGCAAAAUCAUUUAACUUCUCCCUCUGACACACCAGGUGUGUACUAGGCCACUAAACGGUUGCUCUUUCUCCUAACAAUGCAUUAAUCUGGCAUACCCUUCUCCCGCACAUUAUUUUUAAGCACACUUAAUUUUAACACUUUAGCAAAGUUUAAAUGGUUGAAAUAUAUAUAUAUUUUCGUCCCCUCCCUCUGUUCUUACUUGUUGAAGUUGUGAAGACGGUUUACAGUUAUUUUUGUUUUUAUUGUAUAUAGAUUUGUAAACAUAAUAUUUUUUUUGCCUAAGAUAUUUGUACAUAACUUGGGCGUCUGUAGCUCUAUUUAUUGAAAAUUCUAUAUGGCAUGUUUAACGAAGGGCAGUUUAAAAUCUGAUAAUCGCUACACAAACAGAAGUCUCUGCAUCAGGAUUGCAAAUGGCUCUCUGAACUCAACAGUUUUGAAAGAAUAAAAACCUUCAACGUGAAAAAGAAUUUGCCGUUGUUUGAAAUUCCUGAUUCAUUAAUUAUAUAUUUAAUCUGUACA